CUUCAAUUAUACAAAAAUUAUUUAAAGCACGAGUAAUCAUCCUUUUCAAAAAAUUUAAACCGCAUUGUGAUAAAAGAAAAAAACAGGAAAUUCAAGUGUGGCUUUUGCAACUCACAAGUCGGUUACUUGAUGUUAGCCAAACACCUAAAAUGCAACGUCUUCUGUGCACAAUUCUUUUUGCAAUAUGCAUAAUUCCGAGCAGUCUCUCGCAAAAUUCUUCAAGCUCAGUAUCGUGUCUAAAGCUAAAAAAAGAGUGCAUUCGUUGCCAUCCAGCUUAUGGUCGUAUCAAAUUUGAGCAGUGCUCGUGUCCAAAUAAUGUGACCGACGUCAACGUUCAAUGUGUCUCAGUAGGUUUCCGAGGUUACUGCUUGCAGAUGGAUCCUAAUAAACCUUGCAACAUUCAGCGAAGUUAUGAAAAUAUUCAAAUUGCAUCAACACUUCCCAAUCCUACAGAGGUUAUCCCUUUGAAUUCCAAGGAAGAAGAAUCAAAUGCAGAGAAAAGAGCAGGCGAAUCACCGGCGUGUCCUCCUUCAAACCUGACAAUAACGAAUAUCAUUUUGCUGGUGUUGAAUUUUCUGUUUGCCAUUUCGAUUAUGAUUGUCCUCUGGAUCAAGUUUCGAAAGCGAACUUCGAUACCAAAAGUUGAAGAUGUUAUUCAUUACCAUGAUGUUGGAAGUGACAAGGAGUCUGUCAAUUGCCAACAGAAGGAGAAUAUUUAUUCUGAGGUGGUAGAAAAAAAUUAUGUAAAUGAUGAAGCGUUCAAAAAUUUGAAAGAAGAACUACAAUAUUGCGAAGUCCUCCCUUGAACGUCAGAUUAAAAAGAAAAGUUGAAUUUUUUGAUGCGCCAAAUAUGGUGUAUUUUUCUUUCUCUACUUUUAUCUCAAGAAUUUUUAUACAUGUAAAGAGAUGAAUUUUUUAGAUAAAAUUUGAACCAAAAUUCAUUUCAACUUCCUAGAAAAAUUCUUAUCACGCGACGCUGAUCGCUGAUAACAAAAAGUGCGCCUUUCAUUUAUAGUCAACCAUUGACAGAAUGAAAGGAUGAUAAUAAAAUAACAAGUUCUAAAUUUAUGACAGCUCAAAUUUUCAUCUAUAACAUUUUCAGUUCUUAAAAAAAGUUGUGAUAGGUUUUUCUAUCGAAAUUUCAAAAUUUGUGCUUCAAACUAUCGACAAAUGGUAUAGAUAUUAUUGUAAAUUACAUUUGUGCAGAUACAAAUAAAAAUAAAUAUUUCUUCACUUGAAAGAAAAACAAUCGUUGAUGUCACAAUUAUUUAGAGUCAUAGAAAAACAAUAAUACCAAAGACCCAAUAAAAAAUAUUGCCAAUCAGUCGAUACGAAAUUUUAAAACGCGUAAUUGUGUAGUUAAUAUACUAUUUUUUGUUACUCUGAAGGGAUUUCCAAUCGAUCAUUUACUUUGUUUCUUCAUUUAUAUUAAGCCUAUUAAGGUAAUAAACAUAAUAUCUUGAGUAAUUAAGGUGCGUAAAAAAAAUCUGUCCUUAUAUCGUGAUAACUCCUAUCUUAUUGGAAUGUAAAUGUUUUGAAAUGUGGAACGAAAUGAAACGUGUAAAAUAAUAAUUAUAAUUUAUACCCAGUUUAGGUCAGUAAAUGGAAGUAAAAAUGAAGAAU